GGGGCGGGGCAGAGCGGGUUAGGGGAAGGGAGGAAGAGGAAGAGGGUCUGGGCGAUGGUGCAUCCGGGACGAGCCUCCGGAGACCAAAAGGGAUAGGUAAACCCGGCGCGCAGCCAGCUGGACGCUGGGCCGACGAGGUCUGGGGUCUUGGCGCGGAGUUCAUGGGCCUCCGGCCAGGCUUGUGCCAGUGGCUUUGGAUUCCUGGCCCUCUUCCCCCAACCCAGCCUCCAGACCAGCGCUGGCCUGCUCCCCACACUCCGCAGCACCGUCCCAGGAGCCGAUCGUCGGCGGGGAGGCGGCCUCUCCGCAAUACCCCAUGUUUUCCCAUCACUCGAGGAGUCUGGGCAGAGACUGGACUACACCGUGGGAGAAUCUGCAAAGGUGUUGCUGGAACAGACAUAUUUCUAGUUGUAUGAGGUGGCCUGGACAUUACUCUCAAGUUCCUUACCCAUACUUCAGUAGUAGGCAUUUUUCACUAAAUUGGAGACCACCCUGUUGGUCUGAGUCUAGAACUCAGUUCCAGUACUGUAACUGGAGACCUGACAACCUGAGCCAGACAUCUUUGAUUCAUCUCUCUAGUUACGUCAUGAAUGCUGAGGGAGAUGAGCCUUCAUCAAAACGAAGAAAACACCAAGGCAUGAUAAAGCGGAAUUGGGAAUAUAUGUGCAGCCAUGAUAAAGAAAAAACGAAGAUCCUAGGAGACAAAAAUGUUGAUCCCAAAUGUGAAGACAGUGAGAACAAGUUUGACUUUUCAGUGAUGUCCUAUAAUAUACUUUCACAAGAUUUAUUGGAAGAUAAUUCUCACCUUUAUAGACAUUGCCGGCGGCCAGUAUUACACUGGAGUUUUAGGUUUCCCAAUAUUCUGAAAGAAAUUAAACACUUUGAUGCAGACGUACUUUGUUUGCAAGAAGUUCAAGAAGAUCAUUAUGGAGCAGAGAUCAGGCCAAGUUUGGAAUCACUGGGUUAUCACUGUGAAUAUAAGAUGCGGACAGGAAGGAAACCUGAUGGCUGUGCUAUUUGCUUCAAACAUUCCAAAUUUUCACUCUUGUCAGUGAACCCAGUGGAAUUCUACCGCCCUGAUAUUUCUCUGUUGGACAGAGACAAUGUUGGAUUAGUUUUACUCUUACAGCCCAAAAUUCCAUGUGCUGCCUCUCCUGCGAUCUGCGUAGCAAAUACGCAUCUAUUGUAUAAUCCAAGGCGAGGUGAUAUUAAGCUGACCCAAUUGGCAAUGCUACUGGCAGAGAUUUCCAGUGUUGCCCACCAGAAAGAUGGCAGCUUCUGCCCUAUUGUUAUGUGUGGUGACUUUAAUUCUGUUCCUGGUUCUCCACUAUAUAGUUUCAUAAAGGAAGGAAAAUUGAAUUAUGAAGGACUUGCCAUAGGAAAGGUAUCUGGCCAGGAACAGUCUUCACGGGGACAAAGAAUUUUAUCUAUUCCAAUUUGGCCCCCAAACCUAGGUAUCUCACAGAACUGUGUGUAUGAGGUACAGCAGGUACCAAAAGUAGAAAAGACAGAUAGUGAUCUCACACAAACACAGCUGAAGCAAACAGAGGUCCUAGUGACGGCUGAAAAAUUGUCUUCAAAUUUACAGCACCGCUUCAGCUUGUCAUCUGUUUAUUCACAUUUCUUUCCUGACACUGGAGUUCCAGAAGUGACCACCUGUCACUCCCGAAGUGCCAUAACUGUGGAUUAUAUUUUCUACUCUGCAGAAAAGGAAGAUGUCGCUGGGCACCCAGGAGCUGAAGAUGCUUUGGUUGGUGGCUUGAAACUUCUAGCUAGACUGUCACUUCUUACAGAGCAAGACUUAUGGACUGUUAAUGGACUUCCAAAUGAAAAUAACUCUUCAGAUCAUCUGCCAUUAUUGGCAAGGUUCAGACUUGAACUCUGACUCUGCUUUGAUCACAUACUAAUUUUCUUUCCAAUUUGUAUUGUUUUUAAAAGAAUGUAAAGUUCUUAAGUGUAUGCAUGUUGUUUAUUUUUGCACCGUGGAGUUUCUGAAGAGGUUAUCUUAGAUGCUUUGAAACUCUGUAUCAGAAGAAACAACUUUAUAACCAUUUUUUUUAAUAAUGAAAAAUAUUUUCCUGACAACUGAGAUCUAAAUACUCUUUAUUGUAAAAGAGCUGUAAAAGUUUUGUAUUCUAAAUCCUAGUAAAAUUGACAGUGAUUUUUAA